AUGGAGCGCGUUCAAGAGACCGCGGAAUCGCUGUCGGCGAAUCUGAAUUCAACCACGAUCUCGACUCUAUUUCACGAUAUAUUUGACCAGGGCGAGGAAAAGGUUGGCCCCUGUGAACUGGGGAUUACCCAUAGAGUGCCCUGGGAUGGCAUACGUCUGUCAAUAGACGAGCGUUUUCAACCAAAGUGGUUGAACGGUGUGGAGCUGAAAUUGCUAGAACAGGCAUCAAACUCAAAAGUAAUCGAACUACUGAAAAGCAAAUCAUUUGAUGCUACUGAUGCUUUCAAAGAGCACUGCGGCGGAUGUAGCGACCUGAAUAUACGUGUGGUAACUGCGUUUAAACGUGCUCUGACCGCCACACACACAUCUGCACUUGCUGAAAUCGACAAACAAAUUCAAGAGGUCAAGUCUGGACUAGAAGUUGAUACGACGCCCUCCAUGGCCCCGCGCAUUGCUUCCAAUCCAUCUACGUCACCUAUUCACUUGGCGCGCGCAAAGUUGGACACUUGGUCGGCCGCUCGUUCUGCUGAGGAAAACGCAUUUUCAAGUACGAUUAACGAGAUAGACGAGUUCAUCAGCGAAGUAAAGGAACUUCAACACGAGCUGGACGCAAAUGCACACGAGAUUAAUGAAAAAGUGAGUGAGCAUGAACGAAAAGUCGCAACGUCGAUUGAGUAUAACAUUGAGCUUUUGGACGAAGUUGUGAAUGCUUUCAGUACUUGGCAUCAUCAGCACGGCCUUCCGCCUGAAUACGUUACACGCGGUGGAGGCUGGUUGUCACGUGAACAGGUAGUUCACCACCCACAACACUGCAUCGGCUGUGACGGUUCGGAAUUAACUUCAGGGACCUUUGUUGAACACACGCGCGAUAUAGGGCAAGAACUGAGGCUUGAAGAAGAUUUGGAUGAAAGUGUAGACGCAGCUCGACCGACUAGCACUAGAGUUCGAGUAAAAGACUUUAGGUGCAAGUGCGAAGCAUUUCAGAUUUGGUUCAAGUCGGAUCCAAAUCAGCUCAUUAACGCCGCAAUUCGAGGAAUAGCAUCCACACUCAUGACUGUACAAAAUGAGAAAGGUGAGGCUGGCGCAGCAUCGCACAAUGUCCAACAACCACAAAACGUCCAGGAAGAGUUACAAGGUAUACUAGAGACGUUGCGUGCUCUGUAUACUUGA